AUGGCCACCCAGCACAACCACCGCCCGAUGUUUAUCACGUUCGUGUUCGGCGCGGGCCAGACGAUCGAUGGUGCGUCGAUCGCCGCCGCGGUUUCCGCAGCUACUGCUGCUCAUGCUGGUGCUCAAGCCGCCGCUGCUCCGCCCGCAGCCCAGCCGACGGCUGCCCAGUGUGCUGCUCCACCGGCUGCCGGUCAAGCUGCUGCCCAGCGGACGGCUACUCAAGGUCAACCAGUCGCGCAGCCAGUCGCUGAUCAACGCGCCGCCCAGCCAGUCGCUCCUCUACCGGCCGCUCAGCCAGUCGUUGCUCAACGCGCCGCCCAGCCAGUCGCUCCUCUACCGGCCGCUCAGCCAAUCGUUGCUCAACGCGCGGCCCAGCCAGUCGCUGCUCAACGCGCCGCCCAGCCAGUCGCUGCUCAACCGGUGGCUCAGCGAGUCGCUGCUCAACUCGCCGCUCAGCCAGUUGCGGCUCCACCAAUCGGACGCGCUAUCAAAACAACCGCCCGGAUGCGCACCUACGCGCCGCUGGGCGCCCCGCCCAGGGCCCCUGGAGCUCGCCCAGUUGGCUACUGUUUCUGCGGCGCCCACGGCAUCCUCUACCCCGAGUACGGGAAGCCGGCGUGCAGGAACUGCAAGCAGAAGUUCUAUGACGCUGACAAGUUGUCAGGCGCGGCGGUGCCAUUUGUAGGCCGAACUGUGGGAAUCCUACCCUCUGCUAUCUCCACGGCCUCCGCAACUUUGAGCUGCUGGGCAUGCGCCGCGACU